GCAGGAAAUGUGAGAGCACAAGCCUGGAGGCGAGACGCCCCAUCUCCUCGUCUGCUCCGAGCGCUGGACAAGUGGUGUUUCGGCUGCCGUACAGAAGGCCCGGGUUCGACUGUUUAUAGCUGCUCUAAUCUGGAGCGCCACACCUGAAACCUCGAAGCCUCAAGCCUUUCAUUUGCUGUAGUACCGUCGUGGGGAAGCAGCCACGCCUGAAGGAUCACAGCGUGUGUGUGUGAUUAGUGGAUAGCGUGUGGGGGCUCCCAUGGCGUCGGCAGACCACCAGUGCGAGAGACACCCCACAGGUGCCCACCCACACGUCCACCCGCAGUGCCCAGUCCACAGCCCCACAGCAGUGGAAGUAAAGAACACUGGCCUACGUAAGGGCUUGAGCAGACACAGGGACUAUGUGAAGAUCUCGGUUCCUGAUGCCAAGGGCAAGCCUCCACCCUCUGAGUGGUGGAAGACGGUGCUUGCUUUCGUGUACGCUGCGUUCAACCUGGUGCUGACUACAGUGAUGAUUACAGUGGUGCAUGAAAGAGUUCCGGCAAAAGAGAGCACCCCGCCCCUGCCGGACAAGUUCUUCGACUAUGUGGACCGAGUGAAGUGGGCUUUCACUGUGACCGAGGUGAAUGGGAUGCUGCUGGUGGUGAUUUGGUCUAUACAAUGGAUCUUCCACAGAUACAGGUCCAUCUUAGGCAGGAGGUUCUUCUUCCUAAUGGGCACUUUGUACCUGUAUCGCUGUGUCACCAUGUACAUCACCACGCUGCCCGUGCCUGGCAUGCACAUGUCCUGUGCCCCAAAGCUCUAUGGAGACUCCCAGGCGAAACUCCAGCGAGUCCUGCAGCUGAUCUCUGGAGCCGGUCUGUCCAUCACCGGUUCUCACAUCAUGUGCGGUGACUUCCUGUACAGCGGCCACACGGUCAUGCUCACCCUCACCUACCUGUUCAUCAAAGAGUACUCGCCCCGGUCGUUCUGGUGGUAUCACCUGCUGUGCUGGCUCCUGGCCGCAGUGGGAGCGGUGUGUAUCCUCGUGGCUCAUGAACACUACAGUGUGGACGUGGUGGUGGCGUACUACAUCACUUCACGCCUCUUCUACUGGUACCACACCAUGGCCAACGUACAGGAUCUAAGGUGUUCGCCCAACAACUACCUCACGCACACCUGGUGGAACCCCAUCUUCAACUUGCUGGAGCGUAACGUGCAGACGCAAGUGCCUUGUUCGUUCUGCUGGCCGCUGACGUGGCCUCCAUCCUGCCUGAAGAACCCGUGUAAAAAGUACUCCAUGGUGCAGAGCGUUCGCGAGGAGUGAUGUCAUCUCCAUCUUCCCCUUUAU